UCUCAACCUCAACCUCCAACUCGAAGGAAAUUUGGAACUUUGGAUGUAAAUACAACACAACCGAGCUGGAGAGAUACGCCGAGACAAAUCCUAGCCCAGACUGCUGUCGAUGGCCUCACGCAAACCGACUCUCAACCCACAGAAAGACUACACCGAAAGAUCUCACCACCCAAGGAAAUCUCGACCAAGCAAACAAGCCGGCCCAACCAAGCACGGCGUGAAUGACUCAGAUGUAUCAUCCGGCCAACCAGACACUGUCCAACAAAUCAAAUCACUAACUUGUACCCUCAAGGAAGCCUUACGCAAUCAGGAGCCAUGGUCCACAACAAUCGAAGAUCAGAGACAAAGUCUAAGACGGCAAUAUUUGUCGCUCAUCUUUCAUUCCUGCGAGGCUUCUGAAUCUAAUCAAGCUGGUGCUGCUAGGCACAGCUAUUCCGGAGAAGCGCUUAACCUACUCUGGCUAGAUACUUCAUAUAGCUUGAUCAAUAUUUAUCGACAAAAACUGAGUGCCAUGGAAAAGGAGGUUGAACGAACAAACCAUGUCAGCCACAAGAAAUCUGGACCCAAGAAUCAGAGGAUGCAAAUCGACCGAACCCGUGGCUCGCUGUCGAACGUGGGACCAGUUGCCCGCCGGAAGCUGCUUCAGCAUUUUCGCUCGUUUCUUCGUAGUGAAGAUGCGUUUUGGAAGUCUCUUAUCCACCGAUUAAUCAACAGUUAUCAUAUCGAGUCUGCCAAGGGGUGCUUGAAAAUUUUGAAAAUCUACAACGAUUCUUCGGCGAUGGAGGAACCAAGGUCAUCAGAUCCAUCUGAUAACCAAGAUGGCGAAAAGGUUGACAAUAAGAACUUACCGGAAUCCAAGGAAGAAGGCAUGUCUCUAGUUCAUAAAGCGUUAAUAUGUUUUGGCGAUCUCAUUCGUUAUGGCGAGCUGUAUGCCCGGAGCGGUGCACAAACAUCUCCAUUUUCGGGUCCAGCGAACCACCCGCGGGAAAAACUUGACAAGAAUUCGGUAGUCGAGCGUGAUUGGUCGAGAUCGCAAGACUGUUACAAUCAAGCCCGUCUGCUGAUACCAACAAACGGCAAUCCAUCAAAUCAACUGGCCGUCCUCUCGUCAUACAUUCCUGAUAUCCUGAGCUGCGCUUAUCACUACUAUAGGGCCUUGUGCGUUAAAAACCCAUUCCCAACUGCCCGUCAGAAUCUUGGAUCCACCUUCAACAAAGCGCUAGCCAAGAUCAUGGAGACAGAUCACCCAGAUCCGGAUUAUAGCCCCCAAGAGCUUUCUGCGGGUGAUUUGAAGCUUAAUUCUGACCGUCUGGUGUCUGAAAUUAAAUCACGCUUUGUUGCCCUGCAUGCAAGUCUCUACACCCGAGCACCCAAUCCUUUCACCGAAUCCAACGUCAAGCUCUGCUCUAAAUUCACCAAUCAUCUGAAAAACCGGCUGCUACCUCCGGAACUCAUUUUGAAGAUGAUUGUCACUUGCAUGGCGGCAGCAUGGUACACAAGAAUUGGUGCUGAAACUGCUUCCACUCGCUCUCGCCACGGUGAUCAUAUGGACUCCCGCGCGCGUCCGCCUGCCCAUUCAUAUACUACUGAAGUAAACGCCACCGUUCAUUUUUUACAGUUCUCAGCGGCGUUACUGUCCGUGGCCAGAGAUGAACUCAGAUCGAUUGAUGAGUCUACUCAUCCAGGAGAUUUAUCUCAAAAUAUACCUGCUGUUCUCCGUAGGAUUUUACCGACAAUGCGAAUCAUUAGCAAAUGGGUCCUGAGCGGACAUUUUAAUCACAUCAACCGAGUCAAGCUACGGCUGGCACGAUCGAAGAAGCUUAAGCUGAACUCACAGCUCGUCACGGCUGAAGCUGAGUUCUGGACGCAGUACCAUCAAGCUAUUGAACUAGCAAAGCAACAUUUCCCUAUCGAUAAAUUACCUUCAUUGGAAGUUUUUUUCACGCUUGAGGAAGAUUUGGAAUUGGCCGGAUUCCUACCGAUCGAGAGAGCCAUGAAGAUCCAUCAAUCGACAUCAUCGAAACCGCCUGACCAGCUUGAAUUCCCACCUUCUUGUGGGACCUGUCAUCCAAACGAGGAACACUUGAUGCGAUUGGGUGAUCUCCAACGAGACGCCAACCGAAUUGAGGCCAAACACUAUUCCACACAAUCCAACCUUGCAGAGUCUACAAAACCAGCAGAAAUCACCAAAGAUCCGAAUGAAAUGGAAAUUCCCACAAGGCCAGGCUUUAUCCACUCAUCCUCCUCCUCCUCAUCUACACAUUUGAAAGUAGCCGAAAAGAAUCACGUUCACACAACCCAUGGACUCUCAGAUGAAUAUGGCAAUUGGACAGAUGACGAUGAUCCUGUUGAGCUUGCUAUGCGUGCCGUAGUUGCUCAGCAGAUGGGCAACGAGCAAGCAAGCGGUAGCCAAAGUGCACUGAUGUUGCAGAACUACUCGGAGGAUGUGACUGCUGAUGAGGAAGUUGAUGAUGACGACGAAGAAGUAAUUCUUUACCUCACCAAACCACACCGUGGUGUAGCCGGUCUUCCAGAAAGCUCCGGCAGCAAUGCCGGGAUGAGUGCGACGCUUCAAUUUCCAUCAUCAUCCUCACAUCAAACACCCGUUGAUCAAGUCGGGAACAGGAUGAGGACUGCAGCUGAUUUGCUCGCAUCGAUUAUCAGUACGCCGACGGCCAUCGCCAAUCAUUCGACCCCCCCUAAUCCUGCCCUCCCGCCACUCGUCCCAGCCGAGGGAUGGAAUCCGUUCUCAUCCGCCGAGCAAACCACGCCACCUCCACCGGGCACAUCAGCUGUCGCCCCCCCUCCGAGGCACGGUGGGAGGGUCCCCUCUGUAUCGCUCCCCAAACCAGCCGACGCAUCACCGAAGAUCAACAUUUGGUCCACUUUGCACGCUUCAAGUUCAUCUUCUCCUAUGCAACCCAACAUGAUCAUUGCCAGUGACUGGCCGGCGUCCGCCGCCUUCUUGGGUCAAACUGACUGACAUCCUGAAGAUAGAUGCAUAGAUGAAACUGAGCAAGGCUGCCGCCGGGAUUUAUUACCUUGCCUGGAUUUAUCCAGUCGGCGCUAUCGCAUUUUUCCUCAAAAUAAAAAUACACACAGGUGGAUUAAUAGUUUGGGUGGUGGCCACCCGGCAGAUGUCCGUAACCACUUCAACAUAUCUCUAAGUGCAGGGUAGGUUGGGGAGGAACAACUGAAGAGACACGAAGAAAAUAAAGUGAGGUGCUCCGACAAAUAACUCUCAUCAACAGGGACCAUUCUUUUGGAGAGAUUCGGCUCAGACAAUGGCUAAGGUCAUGCAAGACACACAAACUCACACUCCCCAGCUUAACUUUUGCCUAUUAGUCCACCUUCAUUUCAGCUUUUCUUUCUUCCCAAAUCUAUUCCAUCAAAUUCCAUCCAUUCUGUCAACUGUAGGGAUGUUGAAGGACUAAAAAGCAUGAAGAGCUCGCAAUGGAUGGACCAGCCCAACAAACUCUAU